GGUGGGGACAGGAGGCCCUCCUGAGAUUCUUCCCCACCAUGUUCCUGCUGCCCUGCUCUGCACUCGGCCUCCUUCUCCUAACCUGUCUGGCUCUGGAACCACCCCCCCGCCACCCGUCACCCUCCAACCCAGCCUUCCGCUGCUUCCAGUGGGAAUUCCUGCUGGGAUACCUCCCAGCACUGGCUGCAGACUGGCUGCAGGGCCCGCUGCUCUUCCAGCUGCUGCAGAGCCGGGGGUUCCUGCGCAGCCAAAUCGCUGCCCUCUACUCCUGCGGCUUCGCCUCCAAUGUCGCCUUCGGCCUUGUCUCCGGUGUUUUUGUGGAUCGGCUUGGCCGGAAAAAGUCCUGUGUGUUGUCCUCGGGGCUGUGCUCCAUGUCCUGCCUGCUGCAGCUCUCCCAGGAUUUCCUGGCACUGGCAGCUGGCCGGGUCCUGGCGGGGCUCGGCACCUCCCUGCUCUUCUCUGCCUUCGAGUCCUGGUACAUCCACGAGCACCUGGAGCGCCAUGACUUCCCUGCCGAGUGGAUUCCCAACACCUUCUCCCGCGUGGCCCUCUGGAACAGUGGCCUGGCUGUGGCAGCUGGCCUGGUAGCCGAGCUGGUGGCUGAGGGGCUGGCGCUGGGCCCUGUGGCCCCAUUCCUGGUGGCUGUGCCCUUCCUGGCACUCUCGGGGAUCUUUGCCGGGAAAAACUGGGAGGAGAACUACGGGAAGAGCCGGCCCUGUGGUAAGGCUUGUGGGGAAGGCAUUCGGGGCCUCCUGUCCGACCCCCGAGCGCUGCUCCUGGGGCUGGUCCAGGCCCUCAUGGAGAGCAUCCUACUCAUCUUUGCCUUCCUUUGGACACCUGUCCUGGAGCCACAAGGGAUCCCACUGGGAAUCGCCUUCUCUGGGUUCAUGGCCGCCAGCGCUGCAGGCUCAGCCCUGUUCCGACGUGGUGUCAGCGGGAGGCUCCGGCUGCAGCCACUGCGGCUCCUGCCUGGCUCUGUCCUGCUCCUGGAGCUGGCUCUUCUGGUCCUGGCACUGCCACUGUACCCCCCUGGUGACUUCCUUGCCGUGCUCGUGCUGCAGCUCUCCUGCGGGAUUUACUUCCCAACCAUGGCGUUCCUGCGGCGCCGGCUGGAAUGUGGAGGGGAUGCGGCGAGAGGAGCACGAUGGCUGCGGCUGCCCCUUGGCCUGGGGGUGUCACUCGUGCUGCCAGCACUGCCCGGGGACCCUGCAGGGACACGGCGGGUGUUCGGGGCUGCGGCCCUGGCGGCACUGGUGGCACUGGGGGCAGCCGGGGGGAUCCUGGGCAUCACCCAUGGGGAUGAGGGGCUGAGGUUGGGGGACGAGGGGCUGCUCGAGGAGGACACCGGGGAGUGACGAGUACACCGGGACAGGGACACUGGGUCUACUCAGCAGGGACACUGGGACAGUUUGAGUGGGACACCAGGAUGUGACAGGAACACUUGGGUGUGAUGGGGACAUGGACACUGUGCUCUAAUGGAGACAGGGACACGGGAAGAGCACGUGGGAUCACCAAGCAGUGAUGGGGUCACAGUGUCACCCCCAUGCUGAGCUGUGUGUGACAGAAACACUGAGACACCCUGUGGGUGGGUCACACCCUGUGUGAUGGGUAACAGUGUCAUCCCGCUAUGGACUGUUCGUGACUGGGACACCUCCUGAGGAGACUGAACUGUGGUGGGUCACAGUGUCACCCCAUGAUGGACUGUGGGUGACAAUGACACUGGGACACCCCACUGGUGACAUUAAGCUGUGAUGGGUCACAAUAUGACCCCCAUAAUGAAAUAUAGUUGACAGUGACACUGGGACACCCUGAUGGUGGCACAGUACUGUGAUGGGACCCUGGUACUGGUGCCUCCCCACAACGAACUCUGUGUGACAACCUGGGGACACCCCCACGUGACACCUAAGUUGUGACAGGUUACAGUGCCGCCUCCCACAAGGUACAGCAGAGGGGAUAUGGGGACACUAGGCCAGGUGUGGCCUGUGACCGAUCCUGUGUGGUGUCAUGGGGGUGAGGGUGUAUUAAUUAAUUUCUAAUA